UUUGUUACUUAUUUACAAUUUACUAAGUUUCAUUUUUUCUUUGCAGGUGAAAUAAUAUAACUGGGAGUAUGGCGGAUGGCAUGCUUGCCUUGUCGUGGAAUAACCAUUCCACGACAUUUAGUCACAUGUUGUCCCAAAUACGCCAAAAGGAUAGGUACACAGAUGCUACAGUAGCUUGUGAAGGAAAGUUUUACCACGUUCAUAGAAUGGUGUUAUCGACGUGUAGUACUUAUUUCGAAGAAAUGUUUGAGUUAGCGAGUGCCGGCAAGCACCCCAUAGUGUUGUUACAAGAUGUUAGAAAAUAUGAACUAGAGGCUCUUCUCAGUUAUAUGUAUGCAGGUGUGGUGUCCGUGGCACAAAAAGACCUCUCUAGACUAAUAAAGAUAGCCGAGUUGUUACAAAUAAAAGGACUGGCUGUGCCAGAUGAACUCCCUAGUGAAAAGAAAAUUAGUACAAGUAAUCAGAGCGAAAGGACAGGUAGCGGGCAUCAUAAAUCCGCGCAUUCGUUAGACACUAGUGAUGGUAGAACUAGCCCUAGUCGUAAGAGACGGAGACGAGAGGAGCGCAGAAGUUCCCCUCAUUCUCAUCCCUCCACUUCGAGUUCGUCUAGGACGCAAUAUAAUCAAGAAGAUGAUGAUGAUAUUCAGGAAAUAAAAGAUGACAUAGAAAGACAACAAGAACAGUUAGGUUUAGCGCCUAUGAGUGAUUCUAACCAUAGUGUACCGAGUGUAGAAGGAACUAGACCCAUCAUUCCUGGUGAUAGUGGACCAAGUGAACAGCCGCAGUUGCCUCAGGAACAGCCCAGAAAGUCAGGCAAGGAUGGCAAUGAUGAAUUAGUGUGGGUCAAAGAGGAGGUUUUGGAUGACCCUGGAGAACCAGGGGCAGAUUCGAUAAAGACAGAAUUGCCGUCGUAUGGGGCCGUAGGCCCUGGCGGUGAUGAAAGUGUAGACAUGCCUUCUGAUGGUCAAGAAGAUUACUCACAAUCUAGUCAUAGUCAGAUGCCUCCACCACUUUCAGAGCCAGUUGCAGAAGCCCUAGCAGGGCCCUCAGGGAUUCAUGAGUGGCUAAGUGGGGGCGAUAUGUCGGCUGGGUUACCAGCUGUCGAUAACUAUGGGGGUGAAGGGAGCCCACCUACCUCUGACCAUCCUCAAUCUCAGCAGAUGGGCUCAAAGGACGGCAGUUUUGUGGAGCUCGGUGGCAACAGAGGGGAGCCAAUUGAAAGUCGAGAUCUAGGAAAUCCCCAUAUCAAGUACUUCCUUUGCCCGUACUGUUCAUAUUCCAAUCUUCUGAAGGAGUCAGUGACCAGGCAUAUACGCACUCACACAGGAGAAAAGCCCUAUCCGUGCAAUUUCUGCAGUGCUCAGUUCUCGAGGAAAGACAACCUCAAGAUUCACAUAAGAACCCACACGGGAGAGAAACCCUUUACUUGUUCCAUUUGCUCAAAAUGUUUUGUCCAGAGUAGUCAUCUGAAAAGUCAUAUGUCUGUGCAUAAGUAAAUAAGGGAAAGUGAAUAAAUACGUAUAGCCCUUUUUAUAUAGAAUUUUGUUAAUUUGUUUUAAAAGAUCUAGAGAAACUUGCAUCACUGCUUUGCUGUCUGUCGAUAGAUGAUACAGUCGACGUCCGCUAUUUGUGGACUCCGAAUUUCUCUAGGGACCUUACAUACCCAUUAUCUGUGGGAAAUUCAUGUACUAUUCUCGAUAUUUGAGAUUUGCACAAAUUGCCAAAUUUUCAUAUCGGUUUCAUGAUUAAAUGCACAUUUUGUGAUGAAACUAUUAAAAAACUAAGUAGUAUUAUAAGCAUUUUAAGCGGUUUUUUCUUGAGUUUGAACUUACAAAAUAGGAUAUUUUAAGUGUUUUUAUAGGAUUUCUAAAUGUUCGUGGAUUCUAGCUAAUUAGGGGGGGGGUUGUGUAACUUUUGCAAUAUAUGGUACUGAUUUUGAUGCCAAAUUUACAUUAUCUUCUCUUUUCAAAUUUAAAUUUACUAAUAUAUAUACAGUGGAUCCCCCUAUUCAUGGGGAUGUGUACCAGACCCCCGCCCCCACGUAUUUUGUUAGUUCAAACCCACUAAAAUGCUUAAAAGUACCUGUUUUUUAAAUAGUUUUAUCACAAAAAGUACAUUUAAUCUUGAAAAUAUGAAAAUUCCGUAAUUUUUGGAUAUUUCUCUCAGGAAAACACCGCGAAUACGCGAACUUCCCAUGAAUAAUGGUUAUUGCGUAUAUAAGGUCCAUGGAAAAAUCUACAAAUACGUGUGUCUGUGAGAAUACCAGGGGUCGACUAUAUAUCUAACAGAAAUGUAUUGUUAGGAAAGGAUUAAGGUGUAUGUGUUAUAAAUGUCAUUGUACUAUUUGUUGUUUUGUGAAAAUGUCAGUUAUAUUGUGAUACAUCAGAGAAUAUAAUUUUGUUCUUACAUUUCUAGGGGUGAUGAAACAUUCACAAAUUUCUUAUGCCUGACCAUUUAGGAAUAACUUAAGUGUUAUUCUUUACCAAGAAUUUCCUUUCUUCAAAUAGAAAAGAAUUAGAUGUAUAUUUAUUUUGUAUUGAAGUAAAGUACAUGUCAAGGAUUAUAUGUAAUAGCAUUUUUUGCCAUGAAAAUUGCUACUUUGUACAGACCAUUUCAACUUUCAACUUGGUGAACUUUGUUUUUGUGAUGCAUUUUUUAUUUGGUGAUAAUUUCUCUCAGAAGAAAUUUAAGUGUGUGUAUAUUAUGGACAGCUAACUUAUUCCUGUUGUUUAAGUUUUUCUGUGAAAUACUGUGGACUGAUAUGAUUUACCACACUAAACAUAGACAUGUUUUGUGGUGGUUUGUUGAUGAUAUUGAUUUUGGAAUUCAUUAGGUAAGAUUUCUAUUAGCACAAAUUUAAUUAAAUAAUCACAUGCCAAGCAUCAAAUUUUAUUUGAAUCAGAAAAUCAUAACUAAAGUUGUCAGAAUGCUUUAGCACACCAUUUUAAAAUAAUUGAUGAACAGUAUAAUCAAAUACUUUGACUAUGUGAACAAAGAUUUCCACAAAGUUAAUAAAUUACAUGUCUCUAAACAGGCCAAAAGUGGAAUGCUCUUAGUUUUGAAAGUCAUGGAGAUUUUCAAAAUUGAAUGGUUAUUUAAACGAAAUUUGUACUGUGGGUUAUGGAAGCCAGAUUUUAGUACGUACAGUAGAUUGUUCCAUACGUAUCCUCAAAAACUGGCUACAGUUUGAGACUCCUGUAUUCAGUGGUUACCUUUCCUUGUAAAUCCCUCCAACUUGUAAAUGUGUCUUUGUACUUUUUCACUGUUUGUUGGGGGGGGGGGGGGGUUAUUUAGUUUGCCUGUUAUAGAAUGCCUUCUUAAUUCUCUGUGUUAUUCAUAAGGGUACCCUCCAUCAUCUCUGUUCAAUAAUUAUUUUUAUAUGGGUAUCCUACUUUAUCUCCAUUCAUUUUAUAUUUUUUUAAAUUACUAAUGUCCUGUAUUGCUAAGUAUGCUGGCUUUAACCUGUGCAUUAUUAGCUUGAACCUUAGUUUUGUAGCAGUAUACGUAUAAUUUACUGACAACAUAGUUAUUGAAGAACCUGGUCUGGUUAGUUAUCUUACUCUUCUUGUCACUAUGUACAUACAUUCCUUUUUGAGAAAUGCAAAGCUGCCGCUUUCAUCAUUCCUGGAAUUAAAUUUGUAGCUCCAAAGAGCAACGUGGCGAUAAGGUUUGUUGAAUAAUUAUGUUCAUUGCAUAUUACAUAAAUAGCGAUAACUUUGUAACAGCUUCAUUACUUUGUCAUAUUUAAACAUGUAAUACCUAAGUGUGUGUAGUGAUUUGUAUGGAUAUUUCUUGUACAGCAAUUAGUACAUUAUACAGUAAUAUAACUUUUCAGUAUCUUUGUUUCUCUCUUCACAUUAGUGAGAAAGAUUCUCCCGUUGUGGCAAAAAUUCCAACUUUUAUGACAGACACCACCACCAAUUUAUGAAGCCCAAUUCUUGAGCCUCGCAUUACUGAUUUAUGAACAGUCCUUGGUUAGGUUCCUGACUUAUGAAAGAAUGAUAAGCUGGAAUUGAUGACAUUUGGGAAACCAUGCAUUACAAUAGUACUUGUGCAGGAUUGGGUUUUUACUUAUUUAUUCAUCUUUUAGGUACAAACUGUGGGGUGUAUCAUUCAUUUUUACAUUUGCAUUACUUCCUCUGUUCCAUAAGCAAAGUUUAAUUUCUCAUAGUUUUUAUUCGCACAUCUCACAAUUUUUUGUUAGUUAUGAAUCUGUUCGGGCACAAUUGGGGGAUGAUUGCUAGUGGAGGGCAGGGUAUAAUUUUGUACUUAUUGCACUAAUCGGUAGCUCUGAAUGCAUCGUAAGGCCGGAGUUGAAUUAUGAAUUUAUCUUUUAGUUAUUUUUGGGACUGUUGAAAUCUGUACCUCUUUGAGGUGAGAUACAGAGAGCUUGGGAUAAAAAUGUAUAUGUAUCAGUGAACAAACUGUCUCAUUUAUUUAUUUUCUUUUUGUUAAAUAUUACACAUUUUAUGUAAAGUAAGUAGUACUACUGUAUAUAUAAUGUGUAUUAAAUAGUGUUGAUGUAUUUCAAGGAAAUGAUGUGUUGUAGUCACAUUUUUUAUUUAUUUAUUAAUUUUUUUACUUCAUGUACUCAUCAUUUAUUUAUUGCUAUGACCACACUAGAGCAAGGGCAUUAAAGAAACCAAGGAUCCAGCUGUACAAAAAUUUAUCAGACUACAGACAGUCCCCGGGAUUUGUCAGGUUCGGGUUGCGUCGUUCUACGUCGUUCUGGACUCAAGGUGCUUUUAACCACAAUUUUCCAGCAUUAUAAGUGGAUUUACGGCACCAUUACCUCCUUUACAGUGCUGUAAUCUAUACUUAUGGAGUUUACGACAAUGUAACAGCUGUGUAAGUGCUAUUCAUUCCCAGUAUAUUUAUGAUGAUCCGGGUUAAGGAGAUUUUCAGCUUACAGUGGUCUGCUGGGAACAGAACCCCCGCCGUAAUCCAGGGACUGCCUGUACACUAAGCAAAAGCACAAAGCUGAUAAAAAAUCUUACCUGCUGUCUGGCAAGGAGUUUUGCAAUUUAAUGUUGGAAUUCACAGUUUGAUCUCCACAUGACCUGAGUGAAAGUGAAACCAUUAGAAAUGAAGUGGUUGUUUUUCAGAUUAAAAACUUUGAAACCUUAUGUAAAUAGCAACUUUAGACAUCCUUGAUUUAUCUGAAAUUUUUAUUGCUAAUAGGUUAGAGAUUAUCAGUGGCUCCAAAAAAUCCACAAAGGCAUUUACAUUUACUUUAAGUACUUUUAGUAUGUCAGAAGACUUGAAAAAACCCUGUUGCUCAAUGCUAUUGUGAAGGCAUGUGAAAAUAUUUUGGCUGUAUGAUUUUACGCUGUUGUUUCAAUUUUUUGUCUUGAAACUGUCAGGUUAUGAAAAUAUAAUUUGCAAAUAUUUCUGCAUCUGAAAAAUUGUAUAUUUCAUUUCUUUACCAGGUAGUAGAUUCACACUGGAUAUACAAUAAUGGAAUUUGGGGAACAAAUCUUGUAUCAAAACUCAGUGAUCUAUCAAAGAGCAUGCAUUGAAAAAUGCCCUAAUAAUCAACCAUCAAGGCUGAAAAAAUUAAGACUAUCAAGAUAAUUCUAAUGGUGUAAGAAUUUGAGGGACACAUUACAAAUGUUUUAUUAGUGCAAUAUGAAUUUAUUUUUAUGGCACUUUAAAUUAUUUUCCUUUUUGUUUGCACUUUGGUUUGUGUUGAAUGUAAUGGAUUUGUCUGCAAGUACAUAUUCACCAGUUGCAUUAAAUGAUUUAAAAAAUUAUAUGCCAGGGUACAAUUGUUGUUGAUUUUUAUUUCAAAUCAAACUUACAGUAUGAAUACAGUAAGGCUGGAUUAAAAUAUAUAAAUUUAUAGUAUAGUAGUGACAUGCAGUAUUUAUGUACUAUCCUAUCAUAAAAGCUUAAGUUUUUUUACUUGUUUUAUUUUUCAUAUACGUAUAUUGUUCCAAAUAUUUCUAGGGAAAUU